AUGUGGGCAGAAUAUUCAUACAAUACCUCAUUCCAUAUGUCAACGGGAAUGACUCCUCUCAAGAUUAUAUAUGGCAGGGAUCCGCCAAAAUUGUGGCGCAUAGGAGCUGGCCAUACAACAGUGGGCAGUUUAGAGGAUAUGUUACAAGUGCGGGAUUACAUCUUAGAUGAGCUGAAGGUUAACUUGCUCAGGGCACAGCAGAUCAUGAAGCACCAUGCUGAUAACCGAAGAAGAGAUGAGCAAUUUGAAGUGGGGGAUGCAGUGUUCUUGAAGCUCCAACCCUAUCGGCAGAAAUCAUUGGCCAAGAACAUGGAUACUAGUUGGAUUGAUUUACGAAAAGGGACUGCCGGUUAUUAUAAUGGUUGCAUAAAAUUUUUAGAGGUUGCUAAGGAGACUCUUUUAGAGGGAAUGACUCGAUGCCCAUGUAAUAAAUGCAAGUUGAAUAACUCAUAUCCCUUAGAAGAGGUAGGAGGACACAUUUUAUUUUACGGUUUUUAUAAGAACUAUAGACAAUGGGUUUUCCAUUGUAAAGAUGAAGAGAGUAAUACCAUAGAGAUCCCUAGUGAUCAAGCAAAGGUAGUAGGUCGAGAUGAUAUUGAUGGGUUAUUAGCAGCAACUUUUAGGGUUGACAAUACUGCACAACCCACCAACGAAUCCCAAGACCCAUCAUUAAGUGAAGCAAAUUUUGAAGAUGAAGAUCCGUAUAACAUGCAUGAAGAGUUAAAUUUUGAUCCUGAGGAAGAUGAUGAGUUUCCAUCAACCAACACCAAUGAAGAAGAGGCAAAAUAUAAACGACUAAGGGAAGCUUCUGAUGAGGGUUUAUACGAGGGGUGUACUACUUUCUCAAAAUUGUCAUUUCUAUUGCACUUGUUUCACCUCAAGUGUAUGUUUCAUUGGUCAGCUGCGUCAUUUAAUAAGUUGCUUGAGCUUCUAUUAGACGCAUUUCCUAUUAUUAUGGAGUUUCCGUCAUCGUAUUAUGAAGGCAUGAAGAUAAUAAAGGAUUUGGGAUUGAGUUACGAGAAAAUCCAUGCAUGUCCAAAUGAUUGCAUUUUAUAUUGGGGUGAAUUUGCAGAAAAAAAUGAGUGUCAUAUCUGUCACACAUCAAGGUGGAGAAAUGUGAACGGAAAUGAGGGUGAUACAAGUGAGAAUGUUAUAAAAACACGUAAGAAGGGCGUUCCAGCUAAAGUAAUGCGGUAUUUUCCUCUCAUCCCUAGACUAAAGAGGCUUUACAUGUCAUCUAAAACAGCAGAGGACAUGAGAUGGCAUUUUGACCGCAAGGAUGAAAAGAUCAUAAGUCACCCGGCAGAUGGUGAAGCUUGGAAAAAAUUUGAUCAAAGAUAUGAGGAAUUUGCCAAAGACCCUCGUAGUGUAAGAUUGGGUCUAGCAAGUGAUGGUUUUAAUCCAUAUCGUUUGAUGAAUACUAGUUACAGUACAUGGCCAGUGAUCCUAAUUCCUUAUAAUUUGCCACCAUGGCUUUGUAUGAAGUCAACGUCAUUCAUUUUGUCUUUGAUCAUCCCUGGUAAGUCUGGUCCCGGUAUGGAUAUUGAUGUGUACUUGCAACCACUAAUCCAUGAGCUAAAAUUGUUGUGGGAAGGUGUAGAUGCCUUUGAUGCUCAUAGCGGAAAAAGUUUCAAAAUGCGAGCAGCUUUGCACUCCACUAUAAAUGACUUUCCAGCAUAUGCUAUGUUGUCGGGUUGGAGUACAAAAGGUUAUAAAGCUUGCCCUUCUUGUGCCGAUUCUGGUUGUGCGUAUAGUUUUGGUGGUAAAAUUGUCUACCCUGUAGCUCGAAAAUGGUUACCAGCUGAUCAUCCUUAUCGUUCUCAAGCCAACUUAUUUGAUGGGAAAGAGGAACAUGGUUUUGCUCCUGUUCCUUUAAGCGGGACAGAAAUUCUGAAGCAACAAGAAAGAGUUAAGUAUGUUUAUGGAAAGUCAAAAAUUGUUUCUAAAAAAAGAGGGAGACUAGACAAUGAUGAAAUUGAAGAAGAUGAUGAUGGUCAAGAUGAUGUUGAUAAGGUUCUAUGGAAAAAGGAAAGUAAACUUUUUGAAUUAGAAUAUUGGGAAUAUAAUCCUCUUAGACAUAAUUUAGAUGUUAUGCACAUUGAGAAGAAUGUAUGCGACAAUUUCUUAGGAACUCUUUUAGAUAUGGAGAAGAGUAGAGAUGAUAAGAAUGCUAGGUUGGCCCUUCAAGCACGGAACAUAAAAUCUCAUCUUUGGCCUCAAUCUCAUCCAAAUCGUGUUAAGGACUAUUUGCCCUCGGCUGCAUACACCAUGUCUAAAGAAGAGAAAGAACGGUUUUUAAAUGUCCUACAAAAGCUUAAAGUUCCUGAUGGAUAUGGAUCUAAUUUGCAAAAGUGUGUGAAUAUGAAGCAGCGUAAACUUAUUAAUCUGAAAAGCCAUGACAAUCAUGUCCUUAUGCAGGAUAUCCUUCCUGUUGCUUUAAGGGCAUCGAAUGCCACAAAAGUAAUUGAUUUGCUUGAUGAAUUGUCAGACUUUUUCAAGAAGAUAUGCUCAACUUCUAUUGAUAGAAAUGAAUUAGACACCAUUCAGUCAAAGCUUGUGUUGACUCUUUGUAAGAUGGAGAAAGAGUUUCUGCCAACAUUUUUCACAAUCAUGGUGCAUCUACUAAUUCAUUUAGUGGAUGAGGUCAAACUCGGCGGACCUGUUCACUAUAGGUGGAUGUAUCCCAUUGAGAGGUACUUGGCCUUUUUGAAAUCUCAUGUAAGCAAUAAAGCGAAACCAGAAGGAUCUAUAGCAGAAGGGUACCUUUUAUGGGAGACGAUUGCAUUUUGUUCGAGAUACUUAGAAAGUGUUGAGACCAUAUUAACCAGACCCAAGAGGAACGAAGAUGGUGUUCCAGACAUCAAUAACUAUUUAUACUACUCAGGUGGUCGUGUAGUUGGGAUGAAAGAAAAUGUCCGUCUGGAUGACAAAAGUUUAAAGCAAGCACAUCGCUAUGUUUUGCUUCAUUCAGAUGAGAUGAAACCGGCAAAUAACCUAGAUGAUAGCACAAAAGAAGGGAAAUUGAGAAAAGCCUUGGCCGGUGGUUUAAGCAAUCGCAGCAAAAGGAUGAAAAGCGUUAUUAUUAAUGGCUAUAAAUUUGACACCGUGGAUCGUGAGAGAUCUCGAAAGACACAAAAUUCUGGAAUUAUGGUAGAAGCUGAAGGCCAAGAGUAUUAUGGAAAGCUUAAAGAAAUAUUAGAACUUGAUUAUUAUGGUUCUUUCAAGGUUCUAAUGUUCCGUUGUGAUUGGGCUGAUAUACGUAGGGGUUUCAAAACAUACCCGAGUGGCAGAGUUCGUGUCAAUUUCUCGAAGUUGAUGCACACUGGUCAAAAUCUGGAAGAUGAUCCAUUCAUUUUCUCUUCUCAAGCAAAACAAGUUUUUUACAUUGAGGAUGAGAUACAAAAAGGAUGGUUUCAUGUUAUUAAGACUAAGCCUAGGGACUUGUUUGAUAUACCCGACGAUGAUGAUAAUGAUGAUGAGUAG